AAACUGAAAGAUUACGAAAACAAACGGAAAUGCUUUAAUAUUGUAUUUCUAAUGUUUUGUAGUGUUUUUUUUUUUAGAACAUUCCAGGAAGUUCAACAUUUCCCCCGUUCCUUUACAAUUACUCUCCUCCGAGCUGCACAUUCGAGGUUCGCGUUUCGUAGUGGGCGUUUCUCCGACGGCCCCUGAAGGCACCACAGCUCCCGUCCUACUUGAAUGCAGCACAGCCACUGUUGAGGUUGAUCCAUGGCAACAGUCGAGCCUGUCCUCCACUCACACUCACACGCACGCACACACGCACACACAUACCUUCAAUCUCUGCCCGGCUGCCAGAGCACUGGAGCUGAUAUGAACCGAGGAACGACCACUUCUGACUGACAGACACACACUCCCCGGUACCAAGGUGACCGACCCGGAGCGAGUUAGGCGAGCUGCCCGACAACAGCUCUCCAUCCUCGGCAGGUAACAGCGGCGAGGACCCGCACCUCGGAGCUCGGAACGCGGCCAACACUGGAUGGUAGUAGCGGACGUGUGUGGAGCUUAAAUCGCAUUUUUUACGCCUCGCCGCGCUAAUAAACGGACACAGGCAAACAUGAAAUCAUUUUUUAACACUUUCCAGGCUGAGAAGCUUUGGUGUUUUUGAUAUUUAUUCUGCCGGUGUGUCGGUGGUACCAGAUAAAGCGGCACUGUCCCGAUUCUUCUGCUGCUCAGUAGCACCGUUCAAUCUUUGUUUAUUUUUGAUUUAAUUUUUCUAUUACUCCCGGUGUCUUUCUUGAGCAUCAUCGUGAAGAUGGCGACUGGCUCUGGUUGGCAGCAGCAGUAUUACUGCCCCACCGGUCAGGGGAAAUUUAACUCCUCCACGGCUUCCAGCUUUCAGUCCGGCAUCGCCAUGGAAUAUACCCAAGACCUGCACCUGAAGAUGAGCAAGAAGAUAGCACAGCUAACCAAGGUUAUCUAUGCACUGAACACGAAAAACGACGAACACGAGGCGGCCAUCGCCACGCUGAAGGAGGCCCACGAAGAGGAGGUGCAGCAGAUCCUGUCUGAGACCAGAGAGAAGAUACUGCAGUACAAGAGUAAGAUCAGCGAUGAGAUGGACCUGAAGAAGCGGAUCCAGUCGCUGGAGGAGUCCAUGGAGCUCCACGAGAGGAUGAAGCGUCAGGCGCUGGCCGAGUUUGAGAGCUACCGUCAGAGGGUGGAGGACAUGCAGCUCUGCACCGAGGCUCAGCACACGCAGCGUGUGGUGUCCAUGUCCAGGGAGGUGGAGGAGAUGAGGCGCUCCUUUGAGGAAAAGCUGCGGACCUUCAGCCAGGCCCAGGCCCAGUUUGAGCAGGAGAAGAAGGCGGCGCUGGAGGAGCUGAAGGCCCAGCACAGGCAGGAGGUGCAGGAGCUCCUUCGCAGCCACCAGAGCCAGAACGCAAACUACAGCAAAGACCAGGAGAAACUGGGCCAGCUCCACAAGGCUGAGGUGGACUCUCUGACAGAGAGGGUGGACGAGUUAAAACAGGACAAGAAGAGGCUGGUGGAGGAGUACGAGGCCAAACUCAGCAAGGCUCAGGCUUUUUACGAGCGCGAGCUGGAGGCCAUGAAGAGAACCCAGCAGCUCACCGCAGACAACCUGUUGGCAUGGAAACGCACCGAGGCCGAGCUGCGGCGGGAGUUCCAGACCCAGGAGGCGGCUCUUCAGAAGACGCUGGGGAAACUGAGAGCAGAGCUGGCCAGGGUGUCGGACGAGGCCCGGGAAAACAGGGAGAGGUCGUACAAGCUGCAGGCGUCGCUCACCGCCUCUGAGAGCAACAUCAAGGAUCUUACCAAGCAGCUGGACGAGGUGACCCAGAACUCUGAGAUCGUGGAGAUCCGUCAGAAAGAAGCUGAGUGUGAACUGGAGGCGGCCCGAGACCGGGUGCAGCAGCAAGCCACAGAAAUACUGCUGAAAGCCAGUCAGAUCAGCAGCCUGCAGGCCACUCAGAUGAACCAGGACAGAGACCUGGACAACGAACGGAGCCGACUGAAGGACAAGGUGGUGAGGAUGGAGGAGGAGCAGGAGGCGCUGCAGAGCCAGAUCCAUUCUCAGGACGAGCGGCAGAAACAGCAGAUCCAGUCCCUGGAGAAGACGCUGCUGGACGACAAGACGUCCCAUGAGAAGGACAUGAGCAACAUGCGAGCCCACUACGAGGAGGAGACCAGCCAGAUGAAGGAGGGCCAGGCACGGACGCUGGAGGAGGUGGCCAAGAAGCACAGAGUGACCCUGGAGAACGCCCUGAGCAACGCAGAGAAGGACAAGAACCGCCUGCUGUCGGAGCUGGAGCAGCAGUUUGAGAAAGAGCGCCUCACUCUGGAGAAGCAGAAGGUGCUCCUCAGGCAGCAGCUGGACGAGCUGAAGGAGGAGCUGAACUCCAAGCUGACGGCGGCCAGCGAAGAGAUGUCCCGGCUGCAGGGGGAGGUGCAGCAGAGGGAGGAGGACGUGGGCUCAGCCGAGGGACAGAUCUCCACCAUGAAGGAGGCCCAGGACAAACUGCUGGAGGAGCUGGACGCCACCAGGGCGCGGCUGAGGGAAACCAGCAACCUGCUGACGGCCCUGCAGGGGGAGCUGGAGACCCAGAAGCGUCACCAUGAAGCUAAAGUCAUCACCACCAAAGAAGAGGAGAAACACAAGAUGGACAAGAUGGCCCUGGAGCUGGAGCUCAAAUGGACCGAGACCCUCAGGCAGGAGUGUAAGAAGCUGCGGGAGGAGCUGAGGGAGGAGCACGAGGAGGACAAGGCCUCUGCCCUGACCCAGCUGGUCCAGAACAAGGAGCAGGAGCUGAGCAACGCCAGGGAGAGCUGGCAGAGGAAGGUGGAGGACCUGCUGGAGCAGAUCUCCUUGUUGAAGCAGAGUCUGGAGAUGCAGCUGUCCCAGUCGCAGUCGUCGCUGCAGCAGCUGCAGCACCAGUUCAACCAGGAGAGGGAGCACCUGAGGAUGCAGCUGGAUGAGCUGCAAACGGAACACCAGAGGAGAACGCACCGCCUGCAGGAGGCGCACUGCUGCUCGGUCCAGGACCUGGAGAGGGCCAGGAAACGGGACCUGAAGGAGCUGGAGGAGCGUCUGCGUCACCAUCACCAGGCCGAGCUGCAGUCGCUCAGAGAGGCUCACCGUCAGAGCAUCGAGACGCUGAAACAGGAGUCGGAGCAGGAGCUGCAGACGCUGCGCUUCGAGCUGGAGGACGAGGGCAAGGCCAUGCUGGCGUCCCUGCGGUCAGAGCUGAAUCACAUCCACGCCUCGGCCAUCGAACACCUGAGACAAACCCACCAACAGGAGGCAGCAGCUACCAAAGCAGAGCUGGAGAAGACGCUGGAGAACAACAGGAUACAGGAGCGUGAUCUUCUGGGCAGGAUCUCGGAGCUGCAGGAGGAGGUGUCGAGGAGGAAGAGUCACAUCGCCCAGCUGGACCGACAGAUCCACACGCUCAACGAGAACAUCAGCACGCUGACCAAGGAGCUGGAGCUCAAGGGCAAGGAGGUGCUGAAGAUCCGCAGCGAAGCCAAUCAGCAAAUACGGGUUCAUGAACAGGAGCUGGUGAAGAGACACGAGCGCGAGAUGAUGGAGCUGAGCGUCGCCCACAGCAGAGAUACACAGAACAUGCUGUCGGACUUCAACAAGGCUCAGGAAGUCCUCAAAGACAAGAUCUCUGCCCUGCAGAUCCUACUUGAAGGAACUGAGGAUAAGUUCAGAAACCGCGAGAGUCGUCCCGAGGACCUUCAGAUGAUCGCCGAGCUGAAAGACAUGGUGUCUGAGAGGGAGAGUCUCGUCAAGAAGCUGGUGGACGAUAAAAAGUUCUACCAGCUGGAACUGGUCAACAGGGAGACCAACUUCAACAAAGUCUUCAACGCUAGUCCUAACGUAGGAGUCAUCAACCCGCUCAUCAAGCAAAAGAAAAAGAAUGAGAAAACAGCAGCCAGCAGAUUGAGCAGCUCUUCUAAUGUCAGGGCUCUGGAGGCAGCGGGCGUGGGUGUGGCCAUGGGUGUGGGCGUGGUCAUGACUGGUUCAGGGAGUGGGCUCCCCCCACAGCCCCCCCAACCCCCCCCCCCCCCCCCCCCCGCCUCUGGCCAGCCCAGCCGCCUAGAGCCCCUCCCCAACUCCCCCCUCCAUCACCACGAGUUCAGCUCCAACAAACCUCUUCCCCCGCAGACCCCUCCCACCGAACCCAAGAAAUUCAUGAGCCCUCCUGAAACCAAGGACGCCUCCAUCGACCCGGCGGACGCCCAGCGUCAGGAGUGGUUCGCUCAGUAUUUUUCCUUUUGAUUCACCAUCAAACCUGCAAACACUGGGAUUCAGCAUGUCGACCAAACUCUGAGGAAAAAAGAAAAAAAAAGAUAACACAGACAAACUUUAAAAAGAUUUUAAAUAAUAAUGAAGACAAUAAUAAUACUACAGGAAAAUGAAACUGUUAAAACUCUUUGUUCUUUAUCGUCUUUGGUAGGUUUUUCUGGGGGGAAUUCAUCCACUUUAGAUUCAGUCAGCAGAAAGUCCCGGUCCUGAUCUGAGGACGUGGACGUGCAGAAUUUGAUGUCAUUAGUUUUUUGUUUCUGAAAAUGUAAUGAUUCACUUUGUGUCGUCGUUGGCCGAGAAGAAAACUGAACUGAACCCAGAUGCUGACUCUCAUCGAGCCCCCAUCCAUCGUGUCUGAGCUCGAUUAUUUCAGACUCUCACUCAGAACAGUGACCGCCACCGUCCGUAUGUUUGAUGUUCAUUUCCUUCCUUUACUUCCUUACUUAUUUUACUGGAACUAGGGAUAAAAACCAGUGGUGUAAUCUCACGCUGCUAACGCCAUCAUUGGACCACAGUCAGACAUAUACAGUAUAACGGUGAAUAUAUAUAAAGAAAUAAACUAUAUGGUAGGUUAUUGUGCUCUCUCUAUCUCUCUCUCUCUGUACGUGGGCCCACUGCAUACAGCCUUUAGAGACCAGGACGGCAGAUCUGAGACCAGUUCUUCGUCCUGACCCUGGAUCUGAACCGACACGCUCCAUGACCUAGUACGGCUCCAUCCCGGCCGGUUUGUUACGGCUGCGUAGACGUGACCGCAGAUUUUGGUAGAAAACGCCAAUGGUCGUCUGUCUCUACACAGAUAUAAUGAUGUCUCACCGAUUUUAAAAACAAGAAUAGCAUAUUUUAUAUUUAUAUUAUAAUGUGUAUGCUUAAUAAAUAAUUAUUGUGACAU